UUGUUCCUCUUCCUCAGGCCCAAAAUGGAUACUAUAUGCCAAGAACAUUCUUCCGUCGAUAACAACAACGAUCCAAAUACAAAUUCCCUCAACACCCCUAUCCUCCCAACCCGAACAGCCUCCCGGUUCAGAACCCGGUUUCCAAAUUUCCACUGGGACGGAGUUAAACCAAUCCCAUUCGUAAUAUCUAUCACCACCGGUCUAAUUAUCCGGUUCGCAAUCCCUAAACCGGACAACGUCUCACCCCAAGCAUGGACUCUUCUAUCCAUUUUCAUGAGCACAAUAUCCGGUCUAGUUUUCGCUCCUUUACCGGUGGGAGCAUGGUCUUUCGUGUGCUUAACAGCAACCUUGAUCACGAAUACGCUGUCGUUUAAAGAGGCAUUCAGUGCGAUGACAAAUGAAGUGAUAUGGUUAAUAGUAGUGGCUUUCUUCUUCUCACGUGGGUUCGUGAAAACCGGUCUAGGAGACCGGGUUGCGACGUGUUUUAUAAAGUGGAUGGGAAGGAGAACAGUCGGUUUGGCUUACGGUUUGGUGCUGAGUGAGGCAUUGAUUUGCCCCGCGAUACCGAGCUCGACGGCUCGAGCCGGGGGAGUGUUUAGCCCGGUGAUAAAAUCGGUUGCGGUGAAUAAUGGGAGUAUGCCGUUUGAUAACAAGUCGGGUAAGAAGAUUGGAUCUUAUCUAGUUAUGGCACAAUUGCAGAUGUAUGUCAGACACGAUACGACAAGACCCGUUUAUUAAAAGGGUCGGGUAAGUGUUGAGGUUUACAAACCUGUGUAUGUCAGACACGAACACAACCCGAUACAACAUACUUACCAACUUUAUUGUUAGAUGUGAAUCAGCCACAAGGGCAAUAUAAAUUUAAAAUUGGGAGAUUGGAGAGGAGAUGAGGCACGUUGUACACAAAUCCUCAAUCUCAACAACUAGACCAAGAUUUCACCGGUCUUUAUUCUUAAAUACGUUGCUCUUCAUUUGAAUUUUACUUAUCUUAUUUGAAAUUUUUGGUCUGAAUGAAUGAAAAAAGGCGAUGAUAAUUUAUUUAAACUUUAGUUAGGUGCCCUGUAAUUUUCUCUUAUUCCGUACCUUCAUUUACUUAUUCAAUUGUAAGUUGAACUUGAAAGUCUUUUACUAUCUAAUUUUAUUUACUUGGACUUCCGGAAAUGCAUUUUAGCUUAAGUGGAUUUACAGUUGGAAAAAUUGAUAUUGACAGUUCCAACUAUGGCCGUUUAACUUUUAAAGGUCCCAACUUUUGAUUAUUCUAGAGUGGUCUCAACUUUAAGGUGUGUUUUCCAAGAAUGGUCAUUUGGUUUAUUAAACUAUUAAUUAAGUUGAUUUAAGCAUAUCAUACUGUUCCAUUUACUUCAUUUAAUUAAAAAAUAUGAUUAUUGCACGAGAGAUAUGAGUGUUAAUUAAGUUAUUUAGCACUUAAUUUUAACUAAGGGACCAUUUUUGGAAAACACUCUCUAUAGUUGGGACCACCCUGACAUAAUCAAAAGUUGGGACCUUUUAAAGUAAAUCGGCCAUAGUUGGGACCGAUAAUAUCAAUUUUUCCUUUACAGUUUUAUGAGUAACUCAAUUGUAAUUGAAAAGAAGAUGAAGAGAGAAUUUGGUUUCAAAGUAUAAUUGCUUAUUUGUGGAUUUGCUUAUUUUGCUUGAUAUUUGUCUCGGAAAUGGUUGGGCUUGGUGUGACAAUGUGACAUAUAUCAAUAGUUGGGGCGUCCACUUUGUCAAUGAGUUACAAAAUUAGACCAACAUGUGUAUUGCUAUUUCAUCAAUCAUUAGUAUCUCAAAAUGUGUUUUUUAAGGUAAAGGAAAGUCCUAUUUCCUGUACACAAUUCAGGACUUAGGAGUUGACCAUCUUACCAACCAAACCAUAUUUGCGGUC